AUGAGCACAUCUUCAGUGCACUCUGGAAGCUUCCGCAGUGAAUCGGACGACUCACUGUCCUCCUCGAGCUUGUCGAACACCUACGUGGCGAAGUACGCGUCGGAGGCAAGACUUGCAACUGAGAGGAUCCGAAAGAUAUCGAGCGAGGAAAACGUCUUGUCAGAUCCAAGGCCAAGUCCAAGGACAUCUCUUGGUUUGCAUCUGAACGGACUUGUUGUCCGUGGGAUUGUGCCAGGCGGCCCUGCAUUUGCGUCAAAGCGACUCUGCGUGAACGAUGAAAUAUUGAGUGUAGAUGGAAAGGAUGCAACCCCGCAUAAUGUUACCAAAUUGUUGCAAGGAUGUGACAAGCCUGGAAGCUGGGUUCAACUAAGAGUACGGAGCCAAUCUUCAGCAAAUUUCCAAGAAGUUGAUAUCAUGCGAGCAGACGCAGACGAAGUCAGGAUGUACCGCACAAUCUUCGAAAAUUUGAUGCUCUUGAAAGAAGGAGUGCCAAACUAUUCCGCCAAAGAUGGCACCACCCCAAUAGCUCUAAUCGACAAUACUUUAACAGUGAUGAACAACCUGAGAUUCCGCCAUUACGAAGAAGCCAGUCACGUAAAGCAUGCAAAUGACAUGAAAUCCGAUGGAAUUAAGGCUUCUUUGGAUGAGAUUUAUAUCGCUGUCGGUAAGAUGGAGGGUGCAUACUAUGGAGUUCACUCAAGAGCGAAGAAACUACUUGUCGAAGUCCAAAAGCUGCACAAAGAAAAUUUCAAAUCCUCUCCCGAUUUGCAAGGCAUCGAGGACUUGAACGCAUUACGAAGCCUCUGCGCAGCUCAGGCGAAAGAGCUCGAACAACUCAAAUCUUCAAUGCUCACUGCUCAAUCUUCGAUCAAUCCUGCGACAGACAUGAACCCGGUGCCGUCGGGUUUGCGCUCAGGGGAUGAUCACCUGCACAAAGAGCUGUUGCGCAAGAGCUUGGAUGGCCCCUUGUUCGACCAUGACUAUGUCGAUCGCGGUAUGUACAGUCUGUCGUUGGGAGGGCUGCCGAAGCAGCCGCGUGACAAAGGAGAUCUGUGGGGCCUCCAUGACGAGCCAGGAUUCGCUCCCAACCUUGUGCAGGACAGAUUCUUUCCUCCUGCACAGAGUCCUAGGACAGCCAGGAUGUUCGAGCCUGAGCCUCGCGCUCCGCACGUGCCGAACAUUCUUGGUGAGAUGGCCAUGUAA